ACACCCACUGCCACCUGGCGUUCAGCCCGAUACAGACCGAGCUGGCCCAGGAGCUGUGCAGGGAGUACUCCAUGCCCGCGGACGUCUCGACGGCCGUGUUCAUCGACGGGGAGGCCGCCUACAAGAGCAGCUCCGCGGUCCUCCGGGCGCUCCGGCACAUCAAGCACCCUUGGAGCGGGGUGGCCCUCGUGGCGCUCGGCGUGCCGCCGUUCAUCAGGGACGCCGCGUACGGCCUCUUCGCCAGGAAUCGCGGCGCGAUCUGGAAGGGCGUGAAGAGGGUGACAGGGAUGGGCGACACUGUGAUGACAGACGUCAGGCACCACUGCUACGGACUGAAGGACGACCUGCCCGAGGGUUGGGGCUUCUCCAGCGAGCAGCUCGUCCCGACGAAAGUUGGGUCUAGUUAA